AUGCCAUACGACGCUAUUGUUAUCGGUGCUGGUGUUGUUGGACCCGCCAUCGCAACCGCUCUUGCCAGACAGGGCCAAAAAGUCUUGAUCGUUGAGAGGGACUGGUCCGAGCCAGACAGAAUUGUCGGUGAGUUGAUGCAGCCCGCCGGAAUCAAGGCCUUGCGUGAGCUUGGUCUCGCACAGUCCAUUUCCAACAUUGAUGCCGUGUACUGUGAAGGUUACUACAUCAAGUUCCACGACGAGGAGGUGCGUAUCAAGUAUGCCAGCAAAGAACUUUGCCAACGCACGUCGCCUUUUGACCCUGUUCCCCAGUGUGUGUUUGACGGCAAUGACAAGCUCAGCUCUGACGACAAGGUGUUGAGCGCCAAAGACUGGGAGGCAGAUGAAUACGUGCGUGGUGCCUCUUUUGUUCACGGUAAGUUUUUGACAAACCUUCGAAAGAUCGUCCGUGACGAGCCAAACGUUACCUGGAUCGAGGGUAACGUCACCUCCGUUACCAGAGAUGAAGCAAACCCAGAUCAUGUCACCGGUGUCUCUGUCAAGACCUCGGAUGGAAAGGUCAAAGAUUACAAGUCCAGUGUUACCAUUGCCUGUGAUGGUAUUUGGUCGAAGUUCAGAAAGGAGCACAGUGAAAAUUAUAUUCCCCUGAUCGGUUCCUACUUCGUUGCUUUAGCCUUGAAAAACGCAAAACUUCCAGCAAAGAAUCGCGGAAAUGUCAUCUUGGGUGACCAUGCCCCAGUCUUGGUCUACCAGGUGUCGGAAGACGAAACUAGAAUGUUGUGCGCUUACAGAGCCACUCGCCCUCCAUCGCUGUCAAACAAUGACUUCUUUGAUUACUUGACCAAUGAGGUCAUGCCUAAUAUCCCUGAGGAGCUCCAUCCUAGUUUUAAAGAAGCUAUCGCUUCCAAGAAAUUCCGUGCCAUGCCAAACCAAUUCUUGAGUGCUGCCAAACAGGGCCUGAAGAAUAGAGGUUUCAUCAUGCUUGGUGACUCUCUCAACAUGAGACACCCACUUACUGGUGGAGGUAUGACUGUCGGAUUGAACGAUGCUGCUUUACUCGCCAAACUUUUGAAUGAGGUUGACUUGAGCGAUUGGAGAGAGGUUCAGACUAAGCUCUCAGUAUUCCACAGAAAGAGAAAGAACUUGGAUGCUGUCAUCAACACCUUGUCUAUUGCAUUAUAUUCGUUGUUCGCUGCUGACACCAGAGCACUCAAAAUCUUGCAGCAAGGAUGCUUCAAGUAUUUCCUUCUUGGUGGUGAUUGUACCGAUGGCCCCAUUGGUUUGUUGUCUGGUAUGAUGCCAUUCCCAAUGAUGCUCUUCAACCACUUCUUUUCUGUUGCAUUUUACUCAAUCUACGUGAACUUUGUCAAGCGCGGUGCUUUGGGUUUCCCCAUCGCCCUCUACGAAGCUCUUGAUACCUUUGUGACGGCAGUCAUCGUGUUCACACCAUACUUGUGGAACGAGUUGGUGAGAUAG